AUGUCCGUCAGUGACCGUCGCGCCAACUACAUAAGCGCAUCACGACCCCGCGUUGCCUCGAAUCGCGUCGCUGAUCCAGAAACCGCCGCCUUGCGCAGCGGUGCCUCUCCAAAGCAAUCGGAAAUGCUUCAAUUUCGUUACAAAGCAGUUAGCCCACAAUCCAGGCUCAGCCGCGAACAACAACAAUCGGCGACCGAUAGGCGUGCAGACCGGAUAGCAGGCGUCGCGAAUGAAAAAGCCCACGGUCAAAUAAGGCACGCAACCAAGGAUUCGACGGGCGGGCAUAACAGAGGCGAACGGCCAGAAAGAUCCCGGUCGAAGCGAGUCAGUCCACUCGACGGUGGGAGUCCCAAUGCUCGAAAGAAGGAGAAGCAACAGGCCGAGACUCCUUGGAAUCCGCAAGCUUCCUUAAUACCUCACUCCACCGCGCCCUUAGCCACUCGUGUUUCGGUCCCUCCGUUGGCAUCCGCCCUUCCUCAAUCGCUCCAACCUCCAUCACUGCGCGAGCUGUCCGCGGAUGCGCAAGAGAGAGCAAUUCUGGAAGAUCUUCUCUUUACUUUUAUGGGAUUUGAGGGUCAAUAUAUCCAUUACCACGGCUCGUACGACCCGUCUGUAGAGAAAGACAGGUUGACAGGCCCAGUCUUUCAGCUACCGACAGGUCUAGACCCGACGUUGAAGGAUCUCACCCUAUCGACGCUGAAACUUGCGACGCACUACAGCGCACUGGAAGCAUUUGUGGAAGUGCAAAGUCGGGCAGAGUACGGCGCAGUGAGCCAUGCUUUAUGUGCUACGAUCCGGAAAUUGUUGAAGGAGUUCUUAGUUCUUGUGGCACAGCUUGAAGGGGAGCUAUUGAAUAACCCGAACUUCACUCUGCACGUUCUACACCUGCACACUAUCCCGACUAGCCAAUGCUUGGCCCAAUUGUAUUCACUCGGCCAGGAACUCCUCCGGCGAAAUGGGCUCUUGGAUCAAGACCUUGACGAGUCAAUCGACGACUUUGACGACGUCGACAACAUUCUGGAACAGCUGAGGGAAGGCGGGGAUCUGAUCCCGGGGGCUAUGUCUAGCAAGAAGAUUUGCAAAGGCGGUAACGUUCUACGUCUUCUUACAGAGCGACUGGCAACGUUCUCAGGUGAUCCCACUACGAAGGCUCUUUUGGAGAGGUUGCUGCGCGACGCAAGCCGGCCUUACAUGACCAUGCUCAACGAAUGGUUGCAUCAUGGAGGGAUCAAAGACCCACAUGGCGAAUUUCUGGUGAAGGAGCAAAAGUGGAUAAAACGCGAAAAGCUCGAAGAAGACUACACGGAUGAGUACUGGGAAAAGCGUUAUACGAUCCGCGACAACGAAGUGCCGCCGCAGUUGGACACAGUCAAAGAUAAAGUUCUCCUGGCAGGAAAAUAUCUUAAUGUGGUACGAGAAUGUGGUGGUGUCGAUGUCAGCAAAGCAGUCAAGGAUGUGCCCAAAACGCUGGAUGAUCCUCGCUUCUUGGAUAACGUCAACGCAGCCUACACAUACGCAAAUGCCUCGUUACUGAAUCUUCUCUUGACCAAAAACUCCCUUACGACCCGCUUCCGUUCCCUCAAACACUAUUUCUUUCUGGAUCGCUCCGACUUCUUUUCUAUUUUUCUCGAAAUUGCGAAUUCUGAGUUGCAGAAGCCUGCCAAGAGUGUCAACGAAGGCAAACUCCAGUCGCUUCUAGAGUUGGCCCUGCGGCAACCUGGCAGUAUUGCCGCCCAGGAACCUUUCAAAGAAGAUGUUAAGGUUCGGAUGAACAAGGUCGGACUCACAAAGUGGUUGAUGCAGGUCGUGAGCGUCUCUGGUAUUGACCAGGAUAACCCGGAGGCGGCAAUCGAAAAGUAUCAAGCCCCUUCGACGCAAGGUGGAGAGGACGAUGGCAAAAUUCUCGCAAUUGAUGCCCUCGAGCUCGACUAUCUGGUUCCCUUCCCAUUGUCUCUUGUCAUCAGUCGGAAGACAGUUUUACGCUACCAACUUAUCUUCCGGCACACCCUAUCAUUACGGCACCAUGAGGGCCUUCUCGUUUCGUCUUGGCUAGCUCAGACCCAGUCCGAAGCCUGGAAACACAAAUCGUCCAGCCGACAGCUGGAGUCGUGGAAAAGACGCGCGUGGAACCUGCGCUCGAAAAUGCUAAUUUUCAUUCAACAGCUUCUCUACUUCUGCACGGCCGAGGUUAUAGAGCCCAACUGGCAAAACCUCAUGGACCGGGUGAAUGGAACCGAUGCUGAUGGGUCAGAAGUGACCGUCAAUGGUACCAAACAGGUCAAUCGUACGGUAGACGAGCUCAUGCAGGAUCAUGUAGAUUUCUUGGAUACUUGUCUCAAAGAGUGCAUGCUGACGCAAGCGAAACUGCUGAAGGUUCACCACCGCCUGAUGACAUGCUGCCAUAUGUACGCUACAUGGGCCACCGACACGCUCUCUCGCAAUAUCAUGUUGGCCGAUCCCGACAUGGCUAGUAGAGUUGAAAACCGGGAAUACGAACCCGCACGGCUCGACAAACUGGAAGAUACGCUCAAACGAGUCGAAGACCAUUUCAACAGGCAUCUGCGGAUUCUGAUGGAUAGCUUGAAUUAUUAUGCCGCUACCGAAAGCGUCGUUCUUCUCAAGCUCGCACACGCGUUGAGCGCUAUCAGCAAAGAAGACUGA